CCAAGUAGCAAGCUAUCUUCCUAUGUAUGUUGGGUUGGAUAAACACAGCGGCUAGUGGGCCGAUACCUUUGGUCAAGGUAGAGAUCAAGACAUGCCAGUCCUCGCCACCACAACAAACGUUUAAAGCAUGUCGGCGCAGCAGCAGCAACAACAGCAGCAGCAGCACCAUCACCAACAGCAGCAGCAGUCUGGUGGAGAAAGGAGAGAAGGAGGGGCUCGAGAUGGGGAACAAAAAGAUAAGAAGAGGAAGGAGUCCAUCCUUGACCUCAGCAAGUACUUGGACAAAGCCAUCAGGGUUAAAUUCUCCGGAGGACGAGAGGCCUCAGGAAUUCUGAAGGGCUUUGACCAGCUGCUAAACCUGGUGCUGGACAACACCAUUGAGUACCUUAGAGAUCCUGACGAUCCAUAUAAGCUGACUGAGGACACUAAGGAGCGUGGUUUGGUGGUGUGCCGAGGCACGGCAGUGGUACUGAUUUGCCCCAUGGAUGGCUGUGAGGCCAUUGCUAACCCUUUCAUUCAGCAGGACACAUAAUCAUUCAUCCAGCAAGUGAUUGGUGGAGGUGUAUUGUGAGGUAUAAGCUCUCACAUCACAAAGUGUGUGGCUGCCAUACAGUUGUAAUGAAGCUAUUAAAUAAAUUUUGAUUUAGGAUCUUUUUCUUGGUUAUUGAACACAUUAAGUUGUGUCUAUUUUCAGUAUGAAAUGUAUCUUUUUUAUAUGUCAGCUGAACUUAAUAUACAGGAUGAUUUCAAGUAUGAUGGUAUGAUGUGAUAAAUUUGACAAUUGUGUUGUGGUGUGAACUUGUAUGAAAAUUAAGAAUUUCAGACCGCAGAUA